AUGCCUGCGUCCGCCACAUCACUCAUCGCUGGCAAUGACGUCCCCUCCGACAACCUCUCGGUCGCCCACCCCCACCUCCGGGACGCCGUCGCCGUCGCCAUCGCUGCCGCCACCGCCGCAACGGCACUGUAUUACAUGGCCCUCGAUUUGCGCAGGCGCCGAACGAACCGUCUGAGCUCACUGGGGUUCCCCAUCUUCAUGUGUUAG